ACCUCCCACGUCCUAUCUGACAGAAAGAGAGAGGAAGAGCGAGAGAGAGAAGGAGAGAGAGGCAGAGUCUGCGGUGGUGGUGUUAGAAAUCGGACGACAUGAGCUCUACAUGAACCGCGUGAAAAUGCUUUAGGACGCGCGUUUGUCUUUCAUCAGCCUCACACAAGGACGAGCCUGAAGCGGACCUUUAUUCUUCACGAGCAGGUGUAACACUGUCUUUAGCCUGAAGGGGGCAGAAUGCCGGAACAGAGCAACGACUAUCGCGUGGUGGUGUUCGGCGCAGGCGGGGUAGGGAAGAGCUCCCUGGUCUUGCGCUUCGUGAAGGGCACCUUCAGGGACACCUACAUCCCCACCGUCGAGGACACCUACCGCCAGGUGAUCAGCUGCGACAAGAGCGUGUGCACGCUGCAGAUCACCGACACCACAGGGAGCCACCAGUUCCCGGCCAUGCAGCGCCUGUCCAUCUCUAAAGGCCACGCCUUCAUCCUGGUCUACUCCAUCACGAGCAAACAGUCGCUGGAGGAGCUCAAACCCAUUUACCAACAGGUGAGGAGUGUGUGA